UGUUCCUGACAUAUCAGCCAGAAGAAAGUCCUAGAAAACAAUUUCAGGAAGAGAGAGUUACAAGUGACAACAUUCUUUGAAAUGUGAUCAGAAGUCUGGUCUAAAGGCUGCAGGGGUUUUACUCCUUCAGGAGAGCAAGUGUUUGAUUUCAUCACUCAUCAGGACUAUAGUGGGCCACCCUGCAGAUUGAGGAGGGAGUAAAAAAGCAGAAGGCGAUGGCACUUGAAAAUUUAAUCUCCACUGGGAUCAUCCAGAGAGAUGAGACUCCCAUGGAGAAGGAGGUUGUGGGCCGAUGCCGAGGAUGUUUCAGCCUUGCUGAUGUCAUGUACUUCUCCAAGAAGGGCUGUGAGGCAGUUGCAGAGGAUGAAGUCACUCGACGGUUCUCCUCUGAGGAGCUGCUGUCCUGGAAUCUCCUCAGCAGAACCAAUGCCAACCUGCAUCAUGUCAGCUGGAAACUGGCUGCUGUGUGGGUCACUGGCAUCCUAAUUCGGUAUUGCCUCCUGCUGCCUUUCCGCAUCUGCUUGUCUGUUUUCAGCAUCCUGUUGCUGGUGUUGGCCACUACUGUAGUGGGACAGUUUCCGAAUGGCAGAGUUAAAGGCUGGCUGAGCAACCAGGUCCAGAUGAUAUGUGCCACCUUAGGUGUCCGAUGUCUGAGUGGCCUUGUUCAUUUCCAUAACAGGGAAAACAAACCACAGAAAGGAGGCAUCUGUGUAGCCAACCACACAUCUCCAUUGGAUGUCCUAAUCCUGGCCAGUGAUGGAUGCUAUUCCUUGGUUGGCCAGGUACACGGAGGGCUUAUGGGACUUAUUCAAAAAUCUUGCAUGAGAACCUCUCAGCAUGUCUUGUUUGAACGCUCGGAAAUGAAAGACCGUCACCUGGUGAGGAAAAAACUUAGAGAACACAUUGCAGAUAAGGCCAAGUUACCCAUUUUAAUUUUCCCAGAAGGCACCUGCAUUAACAACACAUCUGUAAUGAUGUUUAAGAAGGGGAGCUUUGAGGUAGGAGGGACCAUCCAUCCAGUAGCAAUCAAGUAUGACCCCCGCUUUGGAGAUGCCUUCUGGAACAGCACAAAGCAUUCCAUUAUGACCUAUGGUUUUAAUGUGUUAACCAGCUGGGCUAUUGUCUGCAAUGUGUGGUACCUGCCACCGAUGGUCAAAGAGGAAGAAGAAGAUGCUGUUCACUUUGCUGACAGAGUCAAGGCUGUCAUUGCUGCUCGGGCAGGAAUGUCUGUGCUUCCUUGGGAUGGAGGACUGAAAAGGAAAAAGGUCAAAGAGUCUUUCAAGGAAGAGCAACAGAAAAAAUAUUGCCAGAUAGUAAUAGAAAAUGGAUCUGUGGGAAACGGAAAUGUUUGUUAAAUGCUAUUUAUUUUAUCUCAUUUUUCCAUGACUUAUCUCUACCAGAAAAUAGACUGGCUUUAUAUUAAGCCCAACGUGUUUUCCUUCUGUUCCCAUAAGAUAUUUUGCAUGUGACACAGCAGGGAAACAAUAAAGAAAUAUCCUUAUUUAAAGCAAAGUACUCUAAUUUUAUAAAUAGGAAAACAUAAAAUAUGCUAAUAAAGUUCUCCCUGAUUCUGAGAAGAAUCUACAGUAAAAUUAAUUAUGUUCAUUAAAGUAUGACUUUAAAAUAUUUGCAAUACCUUGAGGACUUAAAUGGUUACUUAUAAUAAAUCACCCCUGUACUGCUAGACUCUCUCAGCGACUUAGCCUAGCCCUCCUGUGAGCCACAGUAACCAUGAUGCUCUAGAGAUAGAUCUCCUGAUGUCAAAAGACAUGAAGCAUUUCACCAAAAUAUGUUUUCUGAAUUGCAUGUUGGAGAGGAAGUGUUUUAUGUCAGAGGGAAAAAGCAGAGGCUGACUUUCUCCUCCAUGUCACAAGACCAGGGAUGGCAUUGUAGAAUAUUUUCUGCUAUGACAAAGAGCAGAACAGUGUCCAGGGCAUCAUGUCCUGAUGUCUGGGGGUGUGAAGCUGAGGUAAAUUAAACACAGCCAAGGACAGUGUAACAGAAAAUAUCCUGUGUUUUUAAAUCAUAUCUUGUGGUUUUGUUAGAUCCCUUUUUGAGUCUGUUUGUGUGCAUUACACAAAUUAAAGAAAGCCUAUGAUGUGACAUCCACUGUCCUCUGCUGCUGUUAUUUCUAGAUAGCUACUUGCCUGUGUUACCACUGGGUGUGAAGGCUGGGAUUUGGCCUCUGACAAGCCCACCCUCCAGGAACAGAGCAAGUGCUCUUAAGGAGUAGGCAGUGGGAAUAUUCUAUAGUCUCCUAUAGCAUUUAUUGCUAUAAAAUAUUUGCUCUCCUGGUAAGUAGCUCUCAUAUCAAAGGAUCAGUCUUCUUUAACCAUCUGAAUGUCCCUAAUGAAACACAAAAUAGCUGCUGUUUUGGCCAAGGUGCCAAAGCCAGACCUUGGUAAGAACAGUUAAUAAUGUUUACAUGACAGCAGCCCAUUGGCUGAAGUCUCAGAAAAGACAGAGGAUCAAUCUUGGUGAGCACAAAUACAUGCUAUAUACAUGCAUUUGUAUUUGCACAAAUACAGAGGGACAGAUGCACAGAUACAACUCUACCCAGCCCUAGAGAGUCUAGAAAAACAAUAUCCCAUGGAGGGGCUAACAGUAGCACAGAACUGAGCUCUCCUCCUCUCUGGCCAGGCCUGGCAUUGCUACAGCUGUGUGAAUUUCUUUGGUGAAUCAGUCAGUCUAAGUGCUGGUGUCACGGGUAAGCAGUAGGAGAAUCUGCCCUUUUGCACAGCUUUUAGCCAUGCAGGCUAAAAGGAAAACCACCAGGCAGUGAGGAAAAUUGCCUCAGGCUCUCCUGAUUUGGAACAGGUCUACUUACUCCCAACUAUAGUAAGAUGUGCUUCCGUGCUGUUUAAGCUGUUGAUUUAUUUUCUAGGUAUAAAAAUGUGAAGAAAUGUGAUUGAAAAUCCUGAUAACUCUCAAAUGUUUUCAGUGUGCCAGAGUUUUAAACUGGGAGAUUGUGUUUCUGUGUGACUGAUUUCUGAGAGUUGUUAACAGAGACUGCAGUAAGAGAAAUGUUGAGAGCAUUCUUCCUGCACUACUCUGUACUUUCUUUGUUCUCAGAGGUAAAAUGGGAGACUGAAUAGGCAAAAAGAGGUGCCAGACACAGGAAAAUAUGGGGAGAUAAAGAACAACUGCUGGAAGAGAAAUUUUCUGCUUCUAUCAGAAAUUAGGAGAUUGAUAUGCCUUUUUUUCCUGUCCUGCAACCCUUCUCCACCUCAUCAAGCAGAGCCUUGGAAUGUGUGAUCCUCAUUAUGGUUAUGAGUCUAAGUUGUGUAAAAGUAAAGCUCAGACCUCUGAAUGUAUGAGUAUUAUGUAUCAUUUGUGAGAGGAUGGUGGGAUUGUCAGUAUUUUCUCAGUCAUUUUUUGGCUGUCUUAACAAAGCAAGCUGAAAACUCUGUGAAGUGGGUACUUACAUAUAGAAUGGGGAAAUAAAACCAAAUGAUGAACCCAAGAACUUGCCAGUUACAAGUGUAGUGUACUUUAUUACCCAUUGGUAAAAAUGCCAGUCUGACUUGAAAUAGAGACUACUUUGUC